AUGCCACAAACAGUGCCAACGGCCGCAGGCUUCUCGCCCACAUUCGACUACACGACCUUUCAAUUUGAUCUGUCCCUUCUGCCCGACGACUACACCACGUCCAUCACUCAGACAACCCUAAAACCAACUCAGAUUAAACAAGAAGUACACUCACCGCGACCAGGAUCACCAACAACCUACCCAAGUCCCCCUUAUCCCGGUCUCACUGGCCAAUUGUCCCCAAAUUAUUCACGUGACGCGUCACCAGGAUAUCCUACCAGUCCGUACUACGUACCCCAGAGCCCGCAGAGUGCACAAUUGUAUCCAACGAGUCCGGAACCAGUGAAGCAACCGGUCAAGAGGGAGAAGAGUCUGGAUCUACUCGCAAUUCUUCAAGAAUCAAGACUUUUGGCCGAAAGUCUUGGAUACAAAGAGGACUCAACCGACUGCACAGUUCCCUGCACACCCCCUCGUACUGAAGAAGACAUUUACAACACUCUGGACACAGAUUUUUUCCCAAAACGAGAGGAAUCCAACCCUCUGCUCAAGGAAAUCCUCUUCAAAGAGGAGCCCCGCUCUAUCAGUUCCUCCCAAUCAUCCUCCCCAGCUCCAGUGGAGCUGGAAACCUCCCCGCUUCGCACCCUCCUCUUCAAGGACGCCCGCAAAGACUCUGCACUCCAAGAAACCCAAAAAAACACUCCACUCAUUCCGAAAAUUGAGAUUCAGGACGAGGAGACCCUCGCCUCCGGUCAGAGGAUCGCCGAUCCUCUCUGUCGAGAGGAAGAGAUCUUCAAGGACAAUCAGAAGAACGAUCAUCAGCUGCUGAGGGAGGUCCUCAGGGACACCAGCUUCCAGAGGAAAUAUAAUCUGAGACCUGUGGAACUUGGUGGGGUUGGCACUGGGUUCGUUGAGGAUAUGGACAGCAGUGAGUGCGUUGGAGAUCUCGCACGUGAACAGAUUGAACCUGUGUUGAGUCUAGCUAUUCAACAGCUGCAGAAGGACUUCGAUAAUACUUGUGUUGCACUUGGAAUUCAUCCUGAACCCCGUCGUUGGAGUGCAGCAGACGUAGCAGCAUGGGUCCAAUGGGCGAGGAGACAGCUCCAGUUGCCGUCGGUCCCCCUGGACAGCUUCAACAUCGAUGGCGCGACUCUCGCCUCCCUCACUGAAGAGGAAUUCUGCCAGCGAGCGCCUCAGUGUGGAAGUAUGCUGUACGCACAAUUGGAGAUUUGGAAAGCUGCGGUUGAAGAGUCACCGAGAAAUACACUUGCUGCAUCCUGGAGUCCAGCUGGCGUUGUGCAGCCAGCUAGUAAUGGGAAUCCCAGUCCAUCGUCCUCGAUGACGAGCGCCGGACCUGCCAGUGUUACCGCUUCGUCUUGUAAUAUGGAUUACAGUGAUGAUGAAGAUGAGGAUUCAAGUCCAGUUCAAACCCCCACAAGCGGUGGAAAAAUGCGAAAUGGAGGCUCCCACAUCCACCUCUGGCAGUUCCUGAAAGAACUCCUACAGAGUCCCGGACUCCAUGGAUCCUGCAUCCGCUGGCUGGACCGCACAAAGGGUGUCUUCAAGAUCGAGGACUCCGUCACAGUCGCAAGACUCUGGGGCAAACGCAAGAACAGGCCUGCAAUGAACUACGACAAACUCAGCCGCAGCAUCAGACAGUACUACAAGAAGGGCAUCAUGAAGAAGACCGAGCGGAGCCAGAGGUUAGUCUACCAGUUCUGUCAUCCGUACAGUCUUUGA